AUUGUGUACAUUUUUGAGCGAGAAGCAUAAUGGCGGGCGUCCAAAUGGUUAAAGAGCCCAGCUCACGUUCAGAUGGAGGCUGAGUUGCAGAAGUAGAGUAACAGUUGGAAGCGGUGGUUUAUUUCGGAGAUAACGACGUUUCCCUUGACCUUCUCUAUUAGGGAAAGCACGUCAGUUAUGUCUUGUUCUGGAAGUGUGGGAUUUUUUGAAGCUCGUCGAGCAAGCUAGCGAGUCUUCUGUGGAACUAAUUUUAUAGUGCAAGGCUUAGCUAAUAGCAGUGAGACACGUAGAUAAAGAGCUAGCUGGCUGCUUAGCUCGCCUGCUGGUUUGUUCAGCAGUUUGGUUCAAGCGAUACAAAGGUUCAAGACAGGGUUUAAAAAAACAAACAAACAAAAACAAAAAAAACUAAUUGUAACCCUGACUGUGCUGAAUACAGAUAUCCUUUGGUGAAAGAAGCGGAACGAGGAACAACUGCAGCGAAUGCAUUCACACAGAAAAUUACUGACAUGAUGGAUUCGGACAGGACUGAAAUCCCAGAGAUACUUUGGUUGAAUGAGGGAGUCAUGGCUGAACACACCCCUCCAUUGGAGUCCGGCCAGUUACUCAGCCCAGAUCUGCCACUCCUCACACCACCACCUCCUCCACCUCCACCCAGCAUGGUCAACGGAGAUGGGUCCCAACAAGUAAUCUUGGUGCAAGUAAACCCAGGUGAGGCCUUCACAAUUCAACGAGAGGAUGGUCAAUUUCAGUGUAUCACAGGUCCUGCUCAGGUUCCCAUGAUGUCCCCUAAUGGUUCAGUGCCUCCAAUCUAUGUGCCUCCUGGAUACGUUCAACAAAUCAUUGAGGAGAAUGGAGUGAGGCGGGUGCUGGUGUUGCCUCAGGCGGAGUUUCACCCUGGGGGCCACUCUCCGCUGCACCACCCUCCCCCUCCACCCACACACCCCCACCUGCAGGCCUUCAUCCCCCAUCCACAUGCCAUCUUGCCUCAUCCUCCUCCUCACCUGUACUCAGGCAUGGCCGGCGGAACUGGAGACAUGAAUGCCCAGUACAUCUCCCAGUACCACCCAGCCCACAUCUACCCAGACCAGGUUUCUCCAGACACUCACCCGGCACAUGGACGCACAGCGUUUCACCGGGAUGAAAGGGCUAACAAAGCGCAUGAACGGCUGCAGAAGAAGCUAAAAGAGCGUCAAGGUGGUCAGGCAGGGGGAGGAGGGGGAGGUCAGGCUCCUACCAAAGACAGUCCUCCUCUUUCUCCACAGAAGAACCGUGGAACCCCUCCAACAGCUGGAGGAGACCUUCAGAACGGCCUCCUUAAAGGGGUGGAGGAGCAAAGCCAGGCUGGUACACUCACCGGCCUGGGAAAAGAAUGUCCAGGAAGAGUGAGAGACACAGAGCCUGCCGAAUCGAAUGAAAAGAUGCAGGCUCUUCGAGAAUGGUUAAACAAUAUCAGCAAGCCUGUGGUGGUGGAUAUCCAGGCCAGAGGAGCGUGUCUCUGCUGGACAGCUCCAGUAAAGAAAACUGCAGAUGAGGAGCAGAAUGAGCCAGAGGAGAAAUCUGAGGAGCCCAGUAUCAGCUAUGAGGUGUCUGUCUCGUACAGCGGCAAGGACGGCAAGUACAACACUGCCUUCAGUGGUAAGGAGCUUAGUGCAACUAUAGAGAACCUAAGACCAGCAACAGACUACCAUGUCAGGGUCCAGGCCAUGUAUAACUGUUUACAAGGAAACCCCUCUGAGCCUGCAAGUUUUACAACUCUGAGCUGUGAACCUGACGCACCCAUCCCACCUCGCAAAGCCAGCGGCACCAAAAACUGUCUCGUCCUGCAGUGGAAGGCUCCAUGUGACAAUGGUUCCAAAAUUCAAAACUACAUUCUACAGUGGGAUGAGGGUAAAGGUACAGGAGUGUUUGAGCAGUGCUACUACGGCCCUCAGAAGCAGUACAGGGUGACCAAGCUCUCGCCAGCAUCCAAAUACUCAUUCCGCCUAGCAGCCAAAAAUGACAUGGGUGUCAGUGAGUUCAGUGAACCUGUAGACAUGUUGACCUCGUGCAGUGUCCCUGCACCUCCAAAGAGCCCUGAGCUGCUCCAGGCCGGGGUCACUUGGCUCUGCCUGCAGUGGAACAGGCCAGACAGCUCACCAAAAGAAGACGAUAUUGGUUACGUACUGGAAAUGGAGGAAGAGGGCUCGGGUUAUGGGUUCCAGCCCAGCUAUGAUGGUGAUGAGUUGUCAUGCACAGUGAGGAAUCUGCACCGAAGCACCAAGUACAAAUUCAGGGUUGCUGCAUAUAAUACAGAAGGUAAGAGUAACCCGAGUCCUGUGUCAGAGUUCACCACGGCCCCAGACAGACCGGGCUGCCCUGGCAAACCAUCUGUUAAAGGCAAACAACAUCCCACCAGCUUCCGCAUGACCUGGGAUCCCCCCAAAGAGACUGGUGGCUCAGACGUGACUGAGUAUGUGGUGGAGCUGUCUGAAGGACUGAGUGGCUCCUCUUGGGAGGAAGUGUACAGGGGUUCAGCUACGGAAUGUGUGUGUGAUGGGCUGAAGCCAGGCGGGACAUACCAAGCUAGAGUCUGCUGUCACAGCAAAGGAGGACAAAGCCCACUUUCGGAGACCCUGCAGGUCCAGACUCCGUCUGUUCCUCCUGGCCCCUGUCAGCCUCCCAGAGUAAUUGGCAAGCCAAAAGCCAGAGAGGUGCAACUUCGCUGGGCUCCUCCUCAGGUGGAUGGUGGGAGUGCGGUGUGUGCUUACAGUGUGGAGAUGUUCGCUCCUCAGGCUGAGGAGGCCCGAGAGGUGCAUCAGGGCCAUGAGCUUGAAUGCACCGUGCACAGCCUACUGCCUGGAAGAACAUACGGCUUCCGUCUGAGAGCAGCCAACAAAGCUGGGUAUGGGCCUUUCUCUGAGCGUGUUGAGCUGACUACAGGACCAGGAGCACCUGAGCCUUGUCGACCUCCUCAUAUCAUCUGCAAAUCUCCUUCUUGUGCUGUGGUCAGCUGGGAAGCUCCAUCCUGUAAUGGUGCAGCAGUGACUGAGUUUCGGCUGGAGUGGGGGGCAGCUGAGGGGAGCAUGCAGGUGAUCUACAGCGGCUCAGCAACGAGUUAUGAGCUGAAAGGCCUGCUCCCUGCCACCAACUAUUUCUGCAGAGUGCAGGCAGUGAAUGUGGCUGGCAUGGGGCCAUUUAGUGAAGUGAUACUGUGUCAGACGCCCUGCUCUGUCCCUGCCAUCGUCAGUGUUGUUCAUGCUCUCCGCGAGAGCGAGAUGAAGGUGGAAACGAAGGGCUCUGACGGAGGAGAUGAGGAAGAAGAAGAAGAGGAGGAGGAGGAAGAGGUUGGAGAAAGACCCUCUCCUCCAUUCUACUCCCCUUCUACUUGCCUGGGGCUGCGCUGGGAGGCACCAUGUGAUCACGGAGCAGAGAUUACAUCUUACCUGAUUGAUAUAGGAGAAAGACAGCCGAUCUCCACUGGCCCUGUAAACAAGUACAUUAUACAGAACCUGCAACCUGAUACCACCUACAGGAUAAGGAUCCAGGCUCUAAACAGUCUCGGUGCUGGUCCCUUUAGCCACACUUUUAAGCUGAAGACAAAACCGCUGCCUCCUCUGCCGCCACGGCUGGAGUGCACUGCAUUCAGCCACCAGACGCUCAGGCUGAAGUGGGGUGAUGGUCCAGCCAAGAAUUCCCCCACAGACUCCCUGCAGUACCAGCUCCAAAUGGAGGACAAAAAUGGCAGGUUUAUAUCCUUGUAUAAAGGACCUUGCCACACUCACAAAGUGCAGAGGCUAAAUGAGUCUACCUCUUAUUCGUUUCGCAUCCAAGCCUUUAACGAGGCGGGUGAAGGGCCCUUCUCUUCUGUGUACACCUUCACCACCCCCCGCUCACCUCCACCUCCACUCAAAGCACCACGUGUGGAACGACUGGAAGAGUCUUGUGAGAUUAGCUGGGAAUCCCUGCCGCCUAUGAAGGGAGAUCCAAUCAUAUACUGCCUGCAGUGCAUGCAGGGGAAUUCUGACUUUAAACAGAUGUACAAGGGCUCAGACACGCUAUUCCGCCUCCCCUCCCUGAGCUCGUCCUCCGAAUACCGUUUCCGCGUGUGUGCGAUCCGCCAGUGCCAGGAUGCUCCGGAGAUCAUGGGGCCAUACAGUUCCAGCGUCACUUUACUGCCUCUUCGCAUCGAAUCUCCCAGCUCAUCCAGUAGCGCGGGGCCUAAAGCUGCCGAGAGCCAGCAGCCUCGACGCAGCCUCACAGACGAGCAGUUCUCCCUCCUCAUCAUCGCCCUGCUCGCUCUCACCUCCAUCCUCAUUGCUGUGGCCAUCCAGUACCUCGUCAUCGAGUGAUCCCUGAAGCCACAAGGCCAAAUCCUGUUGUUUUGGUUUAGUUUUUCUGUCCAUUUCAUUUUCCGUCUGUUUCGUUCUCGGCACCAGAGUGGGUUGAGGAAACGGUGUGCAAAGGGAAAGGGUGAGAAAAGGAAGCUGAGGCCGUAGAUUUAGUUCAUCGACUCUUCUUUUUGACUCUUCUCUCUGCUAUCGAACCCUUCUUUCUCUUCAGCGCUGUUAGAAAGAGCAGUAUUCCUUUCCCUUUAGCUGGGAGGUGAUUACUGAACGAUUAGGAACGAAGCUUACUGCUCACUGCAUACUCCUUUUUUUUUUUAUCAUUCAUUUAUAUAUGUAGCUAUAGUUUUUUAUUAUUUAUAUUUUUAGUUUUAACUAUAAUUUGUCCAGUAUGUGAUUUUGGAUCUGUGUUCCAUAGCUGGCAUGGUGCUGGUGCGCAGUUUGCUGGUGAGCUGUUUGCUGACGCGCUGGUUGCUGCUUGCUGGUGAGCUGUUUGCUGGUGCACUGGUCACUGCUUGUUGGCAAGCUGUUCACCGAUGCGCUGUUUGUUGGCAAGCUGUUCACCGAUGCGCUGUUUGUUGGCAAGCUGUUCACCGAUGCGCUGUUUGUUGGCAAGCUGUUCACCGAUGCGCUGUUUGUUGGCAAGCUGUUCACCGAUGCGCUGUUUGUUGGUAAGCUGGUCACCGAUACGCUGUUUGUUGGUAAGCUGGUCACCGAUGCGCUGUUUGUUGGUAAGCUGGUCACUGAUGCGCUGUUCGCUAGUGUGCUGGUCAUUGGUGCGCUGGCCGCUGUUCACCAAUGCGCGGGUCACUGGUGCGCUAAUAGGGGACGGAAACCAGAGGGCCAGUGAAUAAGGAGGAGAGGGAUGAGGGGAGGUAGGGGAUGCCAAUCUUCCACCAACACAUGGGAGAGAGUAAAGAGACAUGAAAAGCCUGGCGGUCCUGAUGGGAUCGAGCUCUCAGUAGAAGAUUAGUUUAAUGACAUCACUGAGAAAAGGGAGACUGAUUACACUUGUUCACCUUAUAGAACAUUCAUUUAGCACUUUGCUUAAAACCCUUUUUUGAUGUGCAGAAUGUGUAGGGAUGCAAAAAAGACAAGAGAAAUGGUAGUAUAUUUUUGUACAGCAUGAUGCAAGGACCUGCUCAUUUGAGAUCUGGGUUGGUUUAGGGUUAGAUCAAUGACUAUGGGGGGAGGAAAAAAAAAAUAAACCUAACACAGUCAAAAGUUAUUUUUAUUAUCAUGUAAGUAUACUGUAGCUUGAUUUUACAUGCAGCUGCUUUGCUCCGAAAUAUUGUCCAGCACAAAAAAUGUACGCUUAUCCAGUUACUUUUGCACCUUAGUGAGAAGAAAAAAAAAAAAACAGUACUGACUGCGUCUU